UCGCGAGCGUUCGCUUCCGUCCUCCGGUUUGUGUGCGGGGUCGCUAGGAGCCGCAGGAAGACAGCGCGCGCACUUUUCGUGAGGCCUGCCGGGAGUGAGCGAAGCCCUCUGCGUGCGAAACCAAGCAAGAUUAUGCUCAAAGUUGGAAAAAUACUGAAAUACCUAGAGUGGAGAAAUGGAUUGUCAAGAUAAUGGAAUUAACAGAAAUGGCAAAAUUGAUCUGUUUGAUCAGAGAUGUCAGAAGACUUGGCAAAACAAUUAGCUAGUUAUAAAGCUCAGUUACAGCAAGUUGAAGCUGCUUUGACAGGAAAUGGAGAUAAUGAAGAUUUAUUAAAACUCAAGAAAGAUUUGCAGGAAGUUAUAGAAUUAACUAAAGACCUCCUUUCAACACAACCUUCAGAAACUCUUGCAAAUUCUGAUAGUUCUGCGUCUACCCUCCCCAGUCACACUUGGAAAGUUGGAGACAGAUGUAUGGCAAUAUGGAGUGAAGAUGGACAGUGUUAUGAAGCUGAAAUUGAAGAGAUAGAUGAAGAGAAUGGUACAGCUGCAGUCACGUUCGCAGGAUAUGGUAAUGCUGAAGUCACGCCUCUACUCAAUUUGAAGCCUGUGGAAGAGGGAAGAAAAACAAAGGAAGAUAAUGGCAACAAGCCUAUGUCCAAAAAAGAAAUGAUUGCUCAACAGCGAGAAUAUAAAAAGAAGAAAGCUUUGAAAAAGGCCCAGCGUAUCAAAGAACUAGAGCAGGAACGAGAAGAUCAGAAAGUCAAAUGGCAGCAGUUCAACAAUAGAGCAUAUUCAAAAAAUAAAAAAGGCCAGGUAAAGCGGAGUAUUUUUGCUUCUCCUGAGAGUGUUACAGGGAAGGUUGGAGUUGGGACCUGUGGAAUUGCAGACAAACCUAUGACACAGUACCAAGAUACAUCGAAGUAUAAUGUUAGACAUUUGAUGCCCCAGUAAUUAAGGGGGAAAUUGUCAUAUUUGCAGGGCUUUACAUUUAUCUUUUUAUUGUUAUAUUUUUCUAACAGUAAACAAUUGGUGCGUAAUG